GCACGCAUAGGGGGAAGUGGUUUCGCGGGAGAGCCUGCUAGUCUUUCCAGCUAGUUGAUCCAGUUCAACUUUGUCCCUUCAUCUGAUGUAUUGAUGCAGAAAUGAGCUAUCGUGCAUCCUGCAAACGUCGUGUGCUAUUACUCGUCUGAAGGGGCUUGUCAACAAUACACGUGAGCUAAGUUUGGCCCGUCACCAUCUGAGUGAGUUUCACCGCUGGGCUCUCCGUCUGCAGCCGGUGUCCACAUAGGAUUUUCCACUGAGGAUUUUAUAGGAGAAACAGCAGAGUCAGGGAAGAUGGAUACCACUGAGAUUGACGCAAAUGAACCAGAAAUUGAAAACAUGCUGAUGGAGUGCCAUCAGAUCGACGAUGAGGAGGUGGAGGAAGAGCAUGAAAGCAGACCGACAAAGAAUCAGAAGGAAGUUGAAGAACCAGAGUGUUCAGCAGAGUUUGUGGUUGCUAAAGUGGAGGACUUCACUAAUGAAAUGUCCAGAUCAGAGGAUGCAGACAUUAAAAUGGAGAAAACAGAACCACCUGCAUUGCAAACACAAUCAGCAGUAAAAUCUGAUAUAAAGCCUCAAGCGGACCAGCUUUCUGUGGACCUGCCGAUGAAGGUGAAGGACGAGCCGAUGGAUGAGGAGUACGAGAAAGCAUCAGUAUCGCUGCGCACAGAGGGAAACAUUAAAGAUGAACCCGAAACUGCAGCGGACCAGACUGGUGCCAUCAAGAUCAGUGCGGUGUUUUCUGUAGGAGGAACUCCUGCACCCAUUGCUCAAGUAGGUGUCUCAGCAAAGCCAGCACCAGUCCCUACGCUGUCCCUCCGAACUUUAGCUCCAGCCAAUCCGGUCGGUGUGGUUUGCACAGGGUGCAAUAAAGUCCUGCUGAAGGGACAGACGGCUUUCCAGCGCAAAGGCUGUCCUAAACUCUACUGCUCUCCUCAGUGUCUCUGUAGCAACUCCAAUGUGGUGGUCAAGAUGCCUCCCAAGAAAUGUCACUUCUGCCUCAAAGAUAUUACUGAUUCUAAGGAUGUGAUCAGUGCACCGGUGGAUGUGGCAGGGAAUCUGAAGGAGUUUUGCAGUCAGAAAUGCGUCACUUUAUUAAACUUCAAGUGCAGCGUUUGUCAGAAGUCGGGAACGACUUUUACUCACAAAGUGAACUUCAUGGACUCCAUCCAUAUUCUGUGCAGCGACGACUGCUUCAACCAGUUCCGCACCUCCAAUAAGCUGAACAUGAACAGCUGUAUGAACUGUGGGGGAAUCUGCUACGGCACAGACGCUCAGUGUCCAUCUCUGCAGAUAGAGGACAUCGUCAUGAAGUUCUGCAAGCUGAGCUGCCUUACAGCCUUCAAAAAGAAGAGUCUGAAACCUGUCACCUGCAAAAUUUGUCGCACUUUGCACCCGGUUGCCGAAAUGGUGGAAUAUAUGAACACAGAGGGAAUCCGGGAGGUUUUCUGCUCUGCCGCAUGUGUCACAGCGAAUAAAGUCCAGACUGUCAGUUCUUCAGGUGCUCCAGUGGAAUGCAACAGCUGUAAGCAGAAGCUGGUGCCUCAGUACCAUCUGGCCAUGUCUGACGCAAGCAUCCAGAACUUCUGUUCCUUUUCAUGUGUAGUGUCAUAUCAGGAGUCCUUUAGUAAGAAGCCAAACUACCAGGUGAACACCGUAACCUCUACGACGAACGCAUCAACCCUGAAACCUGCCUCUUCAGAGUCCGGCUCCUCAACCAAGACUAACACUUCCAAGAGUCAAGUUCAGAACGUCACAAAGAUCCCCUGCUCUCAAUGUCUCAACUCCUUCUUCCACAAACCAGAACUGCUGGAUUUUAAGAGGAAAAUGUAUGCUUUCUGCGGUAAUGCUUGUGUUGAGGAGUUCAAGCAGAUCAACAACGUCAUGGCUCGCUGCGAAUACUGCAAGAUUGACAAAAUUAUCAAGGAGGUGAAAAGGAUCAACAAAAUUGACCGAUCUUUCUGCAGUGAGGGAUGCAGGUUACUCUACAAGCAUGACCUGGUGAAGCGCUGGGGAAAGAAACACUGUCGCAAUUGUUUGUACUGCAGCGGCUCGGCUCAAACCGUAGUCAGUGCAAUCAUUAAUAAUGUAGAGGAGGAGUUCUGUGGGACCAUGUGCUUAUCGCUUCAUACCUCGUUAUUGCGGAAGGAGAUCAAGUGCUCCAUGUGCAGACAGGCCAAGAAGAUGACAGAAACGGUGAAGUGGGUGGGAGAGAUUAAGCAUUUCUGCAGCUUGCAGUGCUUGAUGUUUUUCUGCAGUCUGCAGGGCACCACUGGGACUGUCAAACCUCAAAUCAAACCUCAGCCCACUCAAGGGACAAGCCCAGCACCGUCUCCAGCCCCUCAAAGUACAGUGAAUCUGGUGUCACCAAGCACUAAAGAGGCCACGCCAGUCAUUGCCAAUGUUAUCUCGCUUGUAAACGCAUCCAAUGGGCAGCCAGCAGUUUUGGGAAACAGUGUUUUGCAAGCUGCUGCUACAAAAAGUUCAGUAAAUGCGGCCAGCACACAGACAGAGGGUAUGAAGCCUUCUGCUCCUCCACCUCGAAUCCUGAAAAACAAAGCCUUACUGUGUAAACCCUUAAGCCAGAACAAAGGCACAUCCUGCAAACCCAAUGUCUGUGACAUGGAUUCACAAACAGAAGGGCCUUCUGUGAUAGUGCUUCCUGUGCCGGUCCCCAUUUAUGUUCCCGUUCCUAUGAAUCUCUACACUCAGUACGCGCCGAAGUCUGUAGGGUUACCAUUGCCGGUUCCAGUGCCCUUGUUCUUCCCAACGACAUUGGACAGUGCAGAGAGCAUUGUACAGACCAUUCAGGAAAUCAAAGAGAAGAUCCCUGAUGAUCCUCUGGAGGCCGACCUCAUCAUGAUGGCGGAGAUGGUGGCGGAGGAUGCAGAGAAGGAAAAACACAUCAGCUCCAGUGAUCAGGCUGGAAACAUAAUGGAGGACCUUGAUUUGGAAGCUCUGUCCAGUAAUCUGAGCUGGGAGGAGGAAUCUGCGUCUUCUGCUCAGACGUGGGAUCAAGCCCCAGAGCCGGAGCGUCUUCCUCCUCCUUCCAGAUCUGCCACGGUGACCCCCGUCUCCAGCACAGCAGAGGAGCCACAGAUGGACCUGGAGGCAGAUUUCCCAAUCGAGAGCAUUGAACUCUUCAGAGAACAAACCCCAAGUGAGACGACAGGCAAACGGAAAUCUCGCAAGAGAGCACGCGAUGGCUUGCCUCAGAAGAAACGGGGUCGUAAGACUGCAGCAGGGCUUCCAUCCAAAUCAGCUCCAGAAAACCUCUCUAACAUCUCCAAACUCCAACACGAGUACGGAGUCACCGCCUGGAGGGACUGGGUGCGCUGGAGGAACGCUCAACCCAACCUGGAGACGCCCAAAUUUGGCUCACGCAGCAUGACACUAAAAGAAGACCUGUUGAAAUGUUGUACUGCUGAGAUAAGCUACGGUCUCUGUAAGUUCAUCACUGAAGUCCGGCGACCCAAUGGGGAAAAAUACAGUCCUGACAGCAUCUAUUACCUCUGCUUGGGCAUCCAGCAGUAUCUGUUUGAGAACAGUCGAAUGGAGAACAUCUUUGCAGACGUCUUCUAUACCAAAUUCUGCCAGGAAAUUACCAACAUACUCAGUGGCUGGAAACCAACUGUUUUGCCCAGUGGUUAUGUUCACUCUCGAGUGGAAGAGGAGUAUCUGUGGAACUGUAAGCAGCUCGGGGCCUUUUCACCCGGCGUUCUGCUCAACACUUUAAUCUAUUUCUUCACAAAGUACUUCAACUACAGGACGGCGGAGCAGCACCGUCUCCUCUCUUUCGGCCACAUCGUGCGCUGCUCUCGGAGCAAAGGCAACACAAAAGUGGCCUGUUUGCGUUUCUAUCCUCCGAAAGAUGAAGCAGACGGCGUCCCAGCAAAGAGGAGGAAAGAAGAGGGAGAGGAGGAAGAUGAAACCGUGUAUGAGAUAAAGGAGAAUUCAGACAAUCCUCUCCGCUGUCCUGUCAGGCUCUAUGAGUUCUAUCUCUCAAAAUGCUCACCGAGUGUGAGACAGCGCACGACUGAUUUCUACCUGAGCCCCGAGCGCUCCUGCGUGCCCAACAGCCCCAUGUGGUUCUCCAUCAGCGCUCUGAGCGACGAGGCUUUAAACAGCAUGUUAACCCGCAUCCUCACAGUCCGAGAGCUUCAUCUGGACACAGAAAAAACACCCGCUGACAAUAAAUCAGACAGCGACUCUGACUUCAGUCCAUGAUGCUGAAAAAGUCUUGGAUCUCUUAGGUUCUUCAGUGUGAUUCCACAAAGCUGACAACCUAGACAAACCAGUGAACGGGCUUUUUGGAGAUCCCAGGAAAGUGCUUUGUCAGUGCAAUUUCCAUAAUUGCAGUAUAUAUGCUGGUGUCACAGAAAACAUUUCAAAAUGUGCAUUUGGUUGCUUUGAAAAGGACGGUGCUGAAUUCUACGCAUUGCCAUGUUACACACAAGUGAACAUUAAUGGGAUCACUGAAGAUUCUUUGUAUUAUAUUGAAACACUAAAGAGAUUGACAGCAUCUACAGCAGGCAUUAUAAACAGUGACUGUGUUAUCUACCCUUAGUGAUUUGAGAUUAGGUUUAUGUUUUUUUUUAUUAGCAACAUUACCGCUUCAUGAUUUCUUCCUUUCUUGGAUAAAAAAAUAACAGUACAACUUGAA